UGUUUUAUGAAGACCAAAUUACUCAUUCAUUUUCCAGAUUCCCACUCGUUCUGCUACUACUCAUCCUCUCCUCAAACACUUCUUUACUCUGUAACCAAAUAAUCUCCAUUGCUGAUGAAUUCCUGAGAUAUUCAUGUUUUAUGCCAAUUAAUUUUUCCUUGUUCAAAUGUUCAUUCAUCCAUCAAGCUCAAACUAAAUUGGAAUCGCAUACUUCUAACGGUAGCUCGUACUGGGUUUCGGAAAAUUCAUCGAUUUUGUAGGUUAACUUGAAGUCGCCGGAAUCAAUAUUUCAGGAAACGCUGUAAAACUCGUAACACCAAUCAUGAAGCGAAGGAGAUCCUUUUCUUCUCCUGGUUCUGCUGUUAAGUGCACAGCUCCCUCAACCCCUCCAACUCCGCGCAAUGUGGACACCACCCAGUUUGCUAAAACCAAAACAAACCUUAACUCAGAAACUUUGUCUCACUCUUCAAAUAGACCGCCUAAGAGAUCUUUGUCUCGAAUUCUGAAAAUCCAAAACUUGCCAACUGAUAAAUGGGUGCCCCUUGAUUUGGGGAAACGAGAGCUGUCUUUGCCCCUGACUUUUCCAACUGGACAGACCUUCAGGUGGAAGAAAACAGGGACACUACAAUACACUGGAGUUGUCAAGUCUCAUUUGGUGUCCUUGAAGCACCUUGAAAAUGGUGAUGUCGCUUACCAAUUUCAUCCACUUACCUGUUCUACUUCCAACUUCACUGAGGAGGAGGAUGCUAAGCUAGCUUUGCUUGAUUUUCUCAAUGGGUAUUCGUCUGCUGAUUUGUGGGAGAGUUUUGCAGCCUCCGAUCAGAGGUUUUCUGAGCUAGCACCCCAUUUAGCUGGUGCCCGUGUGCUUAGGCAGGAUCCUUUGGAGUGCCUCAUUCAGUUUUUGUGUUCGUCUAAUAAUAACAUUCAAAGGAUCACUCGAAUGGUUGACUACAUUUCUUCUUUAGGUCAUCAUUUGGGGAGUGUUGAGGGGUUUCAAUUUUAUCAAUUUCCAUCAUUGGAGCGGUUGGCCAUGAUCUCUGAAGAGGAGCUAAGGGAGGCUGGCUUUGGUUAUAGAGCAAAAUAUAUAGUUGGCACAAUAAAAGCCCUGCAAUUGAAGCCUGGUGGUGGUGUUGAGUGGCUUUCUUCUUUGCGUGAAUUGGACCUUAAUGAAGUCAUAAAUGAACUCUCCACUUUUCCCGGUGUGGGUCCAAAGGUGGCAUCAUGUAUAGCUCUCUUCUCCCUGGAUCAACAUCAUGCAGUUCCAGUUGACACUCAUGUCUGGAAGGUUGCUACAAGGUACCUUAUGCCUGAGCUUGCAGGUGUCCGUAUUACAUCAAAGAUGUGCAGCAGUGUGGCUGAAGCAUUUGUUGCAAAGUAUGGGAAAUAUGCUGGCUGGGCACAAACCCUACUUUUUGUCUCUGAGUUGCCCUCUCAAAAGGCUAUCAUACCAUCAGAAGUUUGCAAUAUGAAAGAGAAUAAUCUGUUAGACAAAAAAGUUUUUUAGUGAAAAUGAAGACGUGUGUGUAGCCAAGUUGUGAAUAUAGGAGAUUUGAGUCGUAGAACAAAUGAUACUUUGCCUUCUGAUCCAUGGGCUGGUCUCUUUGCUGGGUCUCGUCUUGCUACUAAAGCUACUUCUCUGGACUUUGUUGCCCCCAUGGUCAAGAAAGGGGGGAAGAUUGCUCAACUUCAAAACGAGGAUUUGGAAGCUAUGUCCAGCAAGUGGGUUACAUAAAUGGUAAUGUAUAUUGUUGGUGAGAUUUCUACGAUUGCAUCUAUUAAACGUUUCAUUGCAAUUGGAAUUAUGUAGCUCAACCUGAAAUAUUCUUGCAAAAUCAUUCUUUACACAAAGACAUCAGACUUCUGCACCAGUAAGAGGCUUUUUUUGGCAAUUCUGCCUCUUUC